GAGUGACAGAGUAAGACUGUCUUUUAAAAAAAUGUAUUCAAAAGAGAACUUUCUGACAGCCAGAGUCAGAUGGGGGCAACCCUGUGCCUGGCAGUGUUUCCGCCAGGGAGUUGCAGCCUGGUUUGGGAGAACCAGUUGGUCCUCAGAGGACUGAGAGGCAGUAAGGCAGACACUGGCCCUGGCGGUGGUCACCGGUGGUGACAUGCCCACCAGAGGAGCCACCCCCCGCCCUCCUUGCUGCUCUAUCUCUCCAUCUUCCAUGUCCUGAUCGAUCGAGACUGGCCCUGGGGCUGAGGUGUGGGACUUGGUGCCCACGGGAGGCAUUGCAUGCAUGUGUUUGUCAGCCCACAGUUAGGGGCCCCUGCUCAGAGCCGCCGGCAGGUGAGGGUGUGGGCACCCUGGCGAGGGCGCCUUGCUCAGGGAAGCACAGGCGGAGGAAGGCCCCACUGCCUGAGUGAGGGCCCUGAGAGUGUCUGCACCUGGCAGGUGUGUGACGUGGGCGCUGUGACAGGAGCACUGUACAGAGUGUGCCACAGGGCGUCUAGUGUGACUUUAUUCACAGGAGCCCUGAGAGCAAAGCAUGGAACAGGAGAUGCAUGGCGACAGCGAGGGACCCACCAGUGUCCGCUGGGUGAUGCCCUCAGGGUUCCAUGGAGGCUGACCAGGAGGGCAUAGACCCAAGACCACAGAUGCAGCAGGGAAGACUGUGGCUUCCAGAAAAGCAGGCAGCGCCAGGCAGUCAGGGGACAGGCAGCCCCUCGGGGCAUGGGUCACCCACCAGCACCGCUGGUGACCAGAGGGCCAGCACCCCCGGACAGUACUAUGCUCGCGGGCUCGGAGGCCUGGUCCAGCUGAGGGGUGGGCAGCCCUGAGACAAACUGAAGCUGCCAGUGAACAGCAGACAGGACACAGAAAGGACUUUCUCCUGUCCUUUGAAGAGUAGACAAGGGACCAGAGAUGCUGAGCGUGAACAGAGGCUGCCUGAGGAUCAGGGCGGGGUGGCAGCCUUGUGCCAUGGCCUGGGCAAUGGAGAUGUCACCUGCCCGGUGGCACAUUAGGGAGACAGCUGUGCCUAGAGAAGAGGGCCUCCAGCUGAGUCAGGAAGGUGAGGGUGGCACGGGCAGGCGGUGGGGCUCCUGGGCUGGCAUUCCGCAUCUCGCAACACCCGCCGCCGUCCUUCACAGCCAGGCCCGCCGUGCCUCUCCCCGCAUUCCUCCACCCUCUGUUCACCUGGGCCAUCCCCGCCCUUCUUGGUCUCCUGCUGGAGUCCAGGCUGGUAUCUGCUGGGCUGUCCCUCAGUCUGGCCCACCUAACGUCCUAGAAGCAAAUGACCCUCUCCUGUGAAACUGGUGCUGCGGGCAGGACGUGUUCUCUCUGCCGGCUGCGGGGCCCACACUGGCUGCUGCAUGCUGCACGCCGUCACUGACAUGUCCCCAGUUCCGGAAGCCCCUCGUCCCCCCUCUUGUCAUCCAACUCCUGCCCUCCCUGAAAGUCCCUUCCUGCUUCCAGCCCUCCGGGGUCAGCUUGAUCAGCGUCCAUUCCAGCCCCAACGACCAGAUGCUGUGGGUGCUGGACAGCAGAUGGAACGUGCACGUGCGGACUGGGAUCACCGAGGAGAUGCCUGUGGGGACCGCCUGGGAGCACGUGCCAGGGUUGCAGGCAUGCCAGCUGGCGCUGAGCACCAGGACUGUGUGGGCCCGCUGUCCGAACGGAGACCUCGCCCGGCGGUACGGCGUCACGGACAAAAACCCCGCUGGAGACUACUGGAAGAAAAUUCCUGGCAGUGUGUCGUGUUUUACAGUGACUGCGUCAGAUGAGCUGUGGGCUGUGGGCCCGCCCGGCUACCUCCUCCAACGGCUGACAAAGACGUUCAGCCACUCACACGACGCCCAGAAGAGCAGCCAGGCCGCCAUGCCCCACCCCGAGGACCUGGAGGACGAGUGGGAGGUCAUCUGAAGGAGCCCUGGCAGAGUGAGCAGAGGGUCCAGGCAUCCGUGGUGGGCACAAUGGCUUCCGAGUCACUCCCUGGUGGACACGCUGCUUCGAAACUUGUCCAGGCACCUGUGGCCAG